GGAGGGAGGAGAGCUAACUGGUAGUAGUGGUAGCAGAAAAAUCCCAGCACGGAGCCCAGAAAACGGGAGAAAGAGGUGGGAUCGUUUCUGCUGGGGUACCUCGGGGGAAGAAACCAGUCUUCUCCACCUCGCGCCCCUCUCCCUCUCCAGGAAAAGGAGAAACGGCAAGCUGACCCCGACUCCUCUCCAUUGCAACCCUGUGGAUCGUUCUGGGCGAAGAGAAGGCGUCCAAAGAGCCCGAUAGAAUCCAGGCUUGAGAUCUACAUUCCAAUUAUGUUGGGAACAAGGUGGUGACUUGCUGUGUAAGAACAAAGUAUCUAGCUGGCCCAGGCUCAAUUCCAUAGCAGUUGAGUUCUCACUCCUUCCUGCCUACGUUGACCACCAUGGGACCUGAAGAAGGGAAUACCACUGGUGCACACAACAAUUUUGCAGCUAUCUUCAACUCCCAUCGGGAGCGCUCUGCCUCCCUCCCAUUCAACUUUAGUUAUGGUGACUAUGACCUGCCUCUAGAUGAGGAAGAUGAUGUAACCAAGACCCGUACCUUCUUUGCUGCCAAGAUUGUCAUUGGUGUAGCUCUAGUGGGCAUCAUGCUAGUCUGUGGCAUUGGUAACUUUAUCUUCAUUGCUGCCCUGGCCCGAUACAAAAAGCUGCGCAACCUCACUAACCUGCUCAUUGCCAACCUGGCCAUCUCUGACUUCUUGGUGGCCAUUGUAUGCUGUCCCUUUGAAAUGGACUACUAUGUGAUCCGCCAACUCUCCUGGGAGCAUGGCCACGUGCUCUGUGCCUCUGUCAACUAUCUUCGAACUGUCUCCCUCUAUGUCUCUACCAAUGCCUUGCUGGCCAUUGCUGUAGACAGAUAUCUGGCUAUCGUCCAUCCCCUGAAACCACGGAUGAAUUAUCAAACUGCCGCCUUUCUGAUAGCAUUGGUCUGGAUUGUAUCCAUCAUCAUUGCCAUCCCAUCAGCUUACUUUGCAACAGAGACUGUCCUCUUCAUCGUCAAAAGCCAGGAGAAAAUUUUCUGUGGCCAGAUCUGGCCAGUGGACCAGCAAAUAUAUUACAAAUCCUACUUUCUGUUCAUCUUUGGCAUUGAGUUUGUGGGACCCGUGAUCACCAUGACCCUGUGUUAUGCCAGGAUUUCCCGAGAGCUCUGGUUCAAGGCCGUCCCUGGCUUCCAGACAGAGCAGAUUAGGAAACGUCUCCGUUGCCGAAGGAAAACAGUCCUCGUGCUCAUGUGUAUCCUGACUGCCUAUGUGAUCUGCUGGGCCCCUUUUUAUGGCUUCACCAUUGUUCGAGACUUCUUCCCUACCGUGUUUGUGAAAGAAAAGCACUAUCUUACGGCUUUCUACAUUGUUGAGUGCAUCGCCAUGAGUAAUAGUAUGAUCAAUACAGUGUGCUUUGUCACCGUCAAAAACAAUACCAUGAAAUACUUUAAGAAGAUCAUGCUGCUCCGCUGGAGGUCUUCAUACAACGGGAGCAAGUCCAGUGCAGAUGUUGACCUCAAGACCAGUGGCAUGCCUGUUACAGAAGAGGUGGACUGUAUCAGAUUAAAGUAAUCUAUUGGAUCAUUAAAAAGAAAUUAAACAUCCUUCAAGCUGUAGGGUAACAGAGGUUGCUAUUAGAUGAGUGUUAGCAACAGAAUCAAGGCUCAAAUAUUUAAUAAGACAAGUACAUUGAUGUAGUCUAGAAUCUCAUAACUUCAUGGAUGAAUAGAUAUCAUCAUUCACCCAUAUUUAUUGAGCACCUACUGUACACAAAAGAGUAGUGUUAGGUGUUGGGGAUAUAAACUUGUGUUCGAAGUGUAUCAAUAGAAGAAUAAAAAUAUAAACCAAACAAACACAUUCUUAAACAAGGCAGCAUUACAUGGUGUAUCAAAAUGCUGAGCUGGGAUUAAAGAGGAUCUGGGUUCAAAUCCUACCUUCAACAUUUACUUGUUGUGUAACCCUGGGCAAAUCAUGUAGUUUCUAUAAGCUACAAGCAAAUUUCCUGGGAUUAAUUAAUAAACUAUUAAUGACUAGUGAUCUGUGCCAGUAGAAGUUUACAUACUGGGAUUUCCUUACGCUGGCAAAAAUCAUGGACCCUUCCUGUAUUUGAGUAUGAACAAUAAAGUUGUUUCACAUACUCACAUACACACAGGCUAGGGAUAAGCAAAUCUUCAGGCUGGUGAGCAUAGAUAGGUAAAUGCAUUCCUAGAGUGUUAGGUUCUGCUUCUCUGACUCCCAGGACUAUUCUCUAAACAUGAACAUAAAUCUUCUCUGACAUCAUUCCUAGCCAUGAAUUAUUCAGGCUCCAAAUCCCAGUUUUUCCUGUGCUGUCCAGGAUAAAGAACAUAAAGCGUUCAGAAAUGAAGAUGGUACUCUAUGGGGAAGACCUUCAGACUCCCAGCCUUUGGUAUUCUGUACUACUUCUUGUGAUUUCUAGAAUAUGCUCUGUGCUGGGAGGGGGUGUCAGAGAGUAACAGGCCCUUUCCAAAAGGAUGAACUUUACUAUAUGCAACUUUCUGAUGUGGUAUGAUAUGAAGGGCAAAAAGAAAGCCCACAGUAGGUCUCUUCAUACCUGAAAUUCUACUAUUCAUGACUCAUAGGCUGGCCCUCUCUCAGUGAUCAUCUUUUGAAAUGUAAAUAUCCCUGAGAGGGAAUAAAAUGGAUGCAUUCAGCUGACCUGGCCAUAGCAGAGACUGGAGGAGUUGGAAUAGCAUUGGGUGCCUCUUGGGAAGAGAAGCACAGAAAAGGGAGAAGUGUGUAAUAGAAACAGGGAAGCCUCCAUUUUUUCUAACCACUCCUCCUUGAUGGAGCCAUAGACUCCCAUAUUACUGCUAAAUAAGAGUAGCCUAUUAUCAUCAGGUAGCUUCUUUGGACAAAGGAAGACUCCGGUCCAAAUGCUACCACCUUCAACUUUUCUUCAUUGUUCUUUGUAUGAACUAACUCCAUUGUUCUCUUAGGGGUUAGCUGACAGCUGGGUGAAAGAGAUCCAGGUCUGUGAAGCAAUUAGGAGCAAAUGAUCUCAUCCAUUUGGCUCAGUGACCUGCAGAAUAGCAGCAGUAUUUCAGCCAUGAGCUGCUGACGAACUUCUCCAUGUUUGGGAAGCCAACUGGUGCAGCAAACAACAUGCUGGACUUGGAGCCAGGGGACCUUGAUACUGGCCAUGUCACCACGGGCAAGUUACAACCUCUUUGAACCUCAGUUUCCUCACCUGUCAAAGGGGAUCUUGUUUCUUGCACUACCUACCUCACAGGGUUGUUGUGGGGAAAGAGACAUAAUUGUGUUCUUGCUAUGUGAGUUUUUCCAAGACUGCAUGUUCCUGGGACUCCAUCAGUUGUCAUCUCUAAUUGUGCUUUUCUUAUUCCAUGUGUAUAUAUCUCUAGAAGGACUUUAUUGUCUAAUUGCCUUUGGUAUACAUAAAAGUUCAGACUGACUGGGAAAUCGGUUUGUGGAAAUUAUAAAAGGCACCAUGGGGGUGGGGGUUUUGUUCUUUUCCAAAUACAAAUGUUCUUUUCUGCAGUGAAUUUUCAAACUCUGGCCAAUUUCUUCCCACCAGGCAGCAUUCUCAGCCCCUUUCCCCAGCCAAAGUAUCCUCAAAGGAUGCAAAGGACUUCUAAUAGUCGUCUAGGAAAAACAUAACUUGGAAUGCACCAAAUCACAUAAUGCAUUCUAAUGCCAAGAAAAUAAGUCUGGGAUUAUCUGGGAUGUUAUUUGAGUUUUGCUUUUUAGAAAGAAGCUCUCUCCAUUAGCAAGGAUAAUUGAGAGCUGGCUAUAUUAAGCUUGAAGCUUUUUAGGUAAUACUACAGUCCCUCUCCCCCAUUGUUGUUAUGAAAUGUACAGAAUCUCCCCCCACCACCCCCAGCGUAGUAAUGGAAACAAUUGUAAGAUGCAGAGCUGUAUAAAAGGAUUGAGUGCUGGAAUUGGAGUCAGAAAGAUCUGGUUUUAAAUUCUGCCUCAGACAUGAGCCAUGUGACAAGUUAACUUUUUAGCCUCAGUUUCUUCAUCUUUAAAAUGAGGGUGAUAAAUCUCACAGAGUUAUUGUGAAAAUCAAAUAAGAUAAUGUAUAAAAGGUGUUUUGUGAACCCUAAUGCUCUCUACAUGAUUAUUAUCAUUAUUAUGGUUGUUAAAUAUUGUUGUCUGCUUGUGAUGUUCUAGGAAAUGUAAAUCUUGUGUUGUUACCAAGUGAAACAAGGGAUAUGGAAAACUGACCACACUAUUCAUGGAUAUCCACCUCCCACCCCAUCCCUCAAAAUAAAAUUGUUUUAUUGU